AUGGCUUCAUCACUUCGCACUGUUUACACUCAUCUCGUCGAUCAUGUCAAAAAGUAUAAAGUCUUACAAUCUGUGAAUGCCUUGUUGGAGUGGGACGAGCUUGUCAUGAUGCCCAAUAAUGGUGCUGAUAGCAGAGGACAACACAAAACUGUUGUUGCUUCGUUGACUCACGAUUUGCAAACCAAUCCAUUGAUUGAACAAUACCUUUCUCAGCUGGUCGAGCUCCAUGAUCCAAAAGACAUCUCCUCUGUCCGAGUCAAAUCUUGUUCAGAAUCUGCCUUCAAUGAAUAUGAAAUUUCCAAUAUUAUUCUCAUUCACAAGGAGUAUCAACGAAAUACCAAGAUUCCGAAAGAGUUGGUCGAGAGAGCCAGUGAAUUGUCCUCAAGAGGCUAUCAUACUUGGGUGAAGGCAAGAAAGAGCAGUAAUUGGUCCGAGUUUGCAGGUGUUAUGCAAGAAUGGAUUGAUAUUAGACGUGAGAUGAGCCUCUUGAUUAAUCCUUCAAAGAAUGUGUGUGAUACUUUGUUGGACGAGUACGAUCCGGGCAUGACUUGCGAGGAGGUUGACCAUGUCUUUAGCUACAUCAAGAAAGAGUUAGUUCCUUUGAUUCAAUCCAUUCGCAAGAGGGUACAAGAGCAACCUGAAAAGUAUGGUGAUGAAGCCUUGCUUUCAAAACUACAAUCUACCAACGAGGGUACCUUUCCGGUUGAUAAGCAAGCAGAGUUGGCAAAACUUGUGGCUAAGGAUAUUGGAUUCAACUUUGAAGGAGGUCGAUUGGAUGUUUCCGUACACCCAUUCUCCACUUCCUUCUCUACCGAUGAUUUGAGAAUUACCACAAGAUACGAUACUAAAGAAUUUGUCAAUGGAUUGGCAGGAGUCAUUCACGAAACUGGACACUCUCUCUAUGAAGGUGGCUUGAAUAGAUCCUAUGCUUAUCAACCUGUACAAUCUGCAUUGGGAACAACGAUCCACGAAUCACAAUCCCUAUUUUGGGAGCGUCAUGUAGGAUUAUCACUACCAUUCUGGAAGAAGUGGUAUCCAGUUGCAGAAGAAAUGUUCCCAUACCUCAAGGAGAAGAACAAUUCUAUCGAGGAUGUCUAUAGAGCCGCAAAUGUUGUUACAUUGAAUAACUUUAUCAGAAUUGAGAGUGACGAGUUGACCUAUCCAAUGCAUGUCAUUCUGAGAUUCGAGAUUGAGAAGGCCCUCUUUGACGGCUCUCUUAAGGUUGAGGACGUACCAAAAGCUUGGAAUCAGAAAUUUAAGGAAUACCUUGGAUUGGAUGUUCCAAGCGAUGCCAAGGGAGCAUUGCAAGAUGUACACUGGUCAUCAGGUGCAUUCUUUUAUUUCCCCACCUACUUGUUGGGUGCUGCUGCGUCUGCUCAAAUUGCUUCAGCCAUUCCUGAUUUUGAGAAACAUAUCCAAGAAAAUAAUUAUCCUCAUCUCAAGAAAUGGUUGAAUGAAAACAUUCAUGCAAGAGGUAGUGUGACUUUGAACUCGAAUCGUUUGCUCGAGGAAGCUACAGGACAAAAAUUGAAUCCAGAAAUCUUUAUCAACUACCUCAAAAACAAAUACUCCAAACUGUACGACCUUUAA